AUGAUCUUUUCCAUUGUCGCUGCCAUCCUCCUACUCAUCUCGUUGGUGUUUGCCAUUCUUGCUAAUGUUACGUCCCCGGUGACCACUUCAUUGAAGUUGGCGUCUCACAACGAGUAUAGUUUUGGUAUCUUUGGCUACUGUUGGAGAGGAUCCUGCCCUGGAAGUUACUACCCAGUUGAUUUCGGUAAUAUUGACAGACAGACAGACUGGCUUCUCUCUGGAAGCACGAGAAACAUGUUGUCCAAGUCGUUUAUUGUCGCUCCCAUUGCUGCAGGCUUGUUGUUUUUGGCCUUGGUGCUUACGGUGGUGCUGAUUUUCUUUGAUACUACUGUGGUGGUCAUUUUGGCCAUUGUGCUCACGGUGCUCGCAUUUCUUGCUUCUGCUGUCAUCUGCGUAAUGGUCAUCAUGGUUUUUCAACCUCAUGUGGCGUGGGUCGGUUGGAUCUUGGUGGUCCCCGCUAUCUUGGCUCUCAUUGCCAUCCCACUCUUGAUUCUCGCGAUUCGCGUCCAUCCUCAGCGUGAUGUCGACGACGAUGAUGAAACGGAGUCUAAGAGCAACUUUGUUUCCUACAAUAAACUUGACUCUGCCGGUAACUCAGGUUUUACUGGCCCCGCCAUUGGUGGGGUGCGUCCACAACCGGCGUACACUUUCAACAACCUUCAAAGAGACAGUACCAACGAUGACGAGAGCUCUCUCGUCAAAGAGUCGACUUACAGAGGCGCCACGAGAGGAUACACGGCCAAGGAUGAUUCUUCUCACAGUUUGUAUGAGUCGCAGCCUCGUACUGCCAAUGAUGUCACCAAGCCAGGCAUUACCAAUUUUCCCAACGGUAGUGGCAGUUACUACGAAGACGCCAGUGUCAAUCUCAACAACGGACCAAGCACUCCUGUGUCUGCGAAGCAAAAGAUGGCUCCGACAUUUGUGCCCAAUGUUGCGGUGAAGUCAGAUGAAAAUGGAUCAGGCACCUUGCCCUACCCAGCAUCGGAGCGUGGAUCUGUGGCAUUGAACAACCUGCAAAAGUAUGGCGUAUUUGAUCAUCACCCAAACGUUGAAGGACAUCAGCCAUUCACCGAAUUGGGCGACGAACUGCCCGAGCAUCAACAAGCUGACUUGGAUAACGACGACGGCUCCGAUUUCACCAGUAUCUCCCAAAGGCAACCCAAUGUGGGCGCGUACAACAACAGCGCUGCACCGAAUGUACCGGGACCUGGACAAGCCUCUCAUGCCGUUUCGGGUGCUGUCUAUCGGCCGGGCGGUGCUCCCCAGCAACAGACCCAGCAGUAUCCCAGUGUUUCUCAGUAUCAACCUCAUUACCAGCAAAAUUACCAGCAGCAAGGCGGAUACCAGCCUUCACCUUCACCACAACUGCUGUCAUUCUAUGGCGAUCCUCCAAGCAGAGGCAUCCCUUACCAGGGUCCUUAUGGCGGUGGCCCUGGCAGUGGGGGCUAUGCGCAGGCACGUCCUCCAAAGCCUUCAGUAUCUGACAAUGUUUUGAAUAACAAUCCUGAUUUUGCUGUAGGUGGCAUGGCAAGGAGGAAGCAAUACGGCAACCCGGCUUACCAGAAUCGCUACGGCGGGCAACCACUCCAUAGACCUGGCAAUAGGCCCCCCAGAGACGGGCCCUACGGCAUGAUUUAA